AUGGCCAACGUCAAUAUUCGUCGCGAUGUCGCCGACCCCUUCUACCGUUACAAGAUGGAGCGUCUCCAAGCCAAGGUCGAAGGCAAGGGCAACGGCAUCAAGACCGUCGUCGUCAACCUGAGCAACGUCGCUCAUCAGCUUGCUCGGCCUCCGAACUAUGUCAUCAAGUACUUCGGAUUCGAACUUGGUGCUCAGACCAAUGUCGACCCAAAGGACGACCGUUGGAUCAUCAACGGGUCUCAUGAGGCAAGCAAGCUCCAGGACUACCUCGAUGGCUUUAUCAACAAGUUUGUCCUCUGCAAGGACUGCAAGAACCCCGAGACCGUCGUCAAUAUCAAGGAUGGUGAAAUUCUCCUGGACUGCAAGGCUUGCGGCAAGAUCACCAAGUCCGACAUGCGCCACAAGCUUGCCUCCUUUAUCAUGAAGGACGCGCCCAAGAAGGGCAAGAAGGACAAGUCCACAAAGAAGGCCGACCGCAAGGCCCGCAAGGAAGCCGAGCGCAAUGGCACUGCUGGUGAUGAUGCCAACGGCAACGGUGCUAGCCCAGGAGACAGCGGCUCUGACCAGGGCGCUGAUGACGAAAAUGGCGAUGGUGCCGCGGACGGGGGUAGUGACGAUGAACUCACUCGCAAGAUCAACGAGCAGGCCAAGGAGCUCAAUGAGCCGGAGAUUCAGGAGAAGGAGGUCGAAUGGUCUGUCGACAUGUCCGAGGAGGCCAUCAAGGCUCGUGCCAAGGCUUUGCCAGACGACCUCAAGGGUGCUCUGGUGCUUGAGAACGGCGACGACGAGGACGACGGCCCUAACUCCUACGACGAGCUCGGCAAGUGGAUCGAGGAAAAAGCCAAGGAGGAAGCUGGCGUCGCCAAGGUCAAGGACGUCGAUAUCUACCUCAAGGCCAAGGAACUCGGCAUUGAGUCGAAGCACCGCACCCCCGCGGUUUUGGCCCAGACCAUCUUCGACAGCAACGUUCUCAAGCAGGUUACCCAACGAGCUGCUAUGCUGAAGAAGAUGAUCACAUCCGAACGCCACGAGAAGGCCUUCCUCGGUGGUAUUGAGCGCUUCGUUGGUAUCGAGAAGCCGGAACUCAUUCCUAUCGUCAGCGGUAUCUUGGUACAGGUCUACCAGAAUGACAUUGUCAGCGAGGAGACCCUCAAGGCCUGGGGCGCCAAGGCUAGCAAGAAGUACGUCGACCUCCAGACUUCCCGCAAGGUUCGCAAGAGCGCCGAGAAGUUCCUGGAGUGGCUCGAGAAUGCCGACGAGGAGGAUGAGUCGGAUGAGGACGAUGAGUAG